AAAGCGGUUCUCAGCUUCCUGACAAAGAAUUACGUGAAGAUUGAGGCAGAGGGUUAUCUGAAAGAAACGAAUGCUGACCUGUCGAGAGCUCUCCUAGCCGCAGUGCUGAGCCGGAAAGCGAGGACAAGCCUAAAGUUAGUCAAAAGAGAGGACGGCCACUCUGGCCAUGCACAAGCAAAACAGCUCGCAAUGUUAGGCGCAAAGAAGCCAACCCCAGAUGAAAUAAACCUGAACGUACCCGUAAAAUGGAGAGUUUCGGAGGCGAAGCUCAGCGUCAUGAUGCAAAGCCUAGCUUACCAGGAAAUAAAGAAGAGGAGGCUAGCCGGCCUCAAACGAAGGGAGCGAACUGAGACGAACCUAAUGCUCAUAAGAGAGGGUAUCAAGGACGCCUUCGACUAUGAAGUAACAGAUGAGAUGAUAUGGAAAUCGAUUAGAUCCAAACAUGUCACCGGCAUUACCUCGCAGUUCCUUUGGAAAACCAUUCAUGAUAUCUUCAUGAUUGGAGAUAAAUGGAGACGGGACGACAUGCCGGAAGAAUACCAGGAUAGAGCCGUUUGCCCCAUCUGUGAAAACACUGAAUCAAUGGAUCACAUCCUUUUCAGAUGCGAAGCUGUAGGUCAGGCUGAAGUUUGGGCUGAACUGAAAAAAGUGUGG